AUGGCAGACAGUCUCGCCGACACGGAUACUCUUAUCGCGCUCGUAUCAAGUAUCGUCAACGACCGCUUGCCUCAAGUUGAGAGUUCAUCUGUACUCGAGGCCAUCCUCCAUUGCGAUGGCGAUGUAGAGUUGGCCGCGAAUUAUCUCCUGCAGAAUGCCAGUAUAACGCACGUUGGACGUCCUAAAGGCAAGAAACGAGCACAUUCCGGGCUUGACGCGUGGCUUCAACGCGAUGCACCUUCUCCUAAACGAAAGCUAGUUUCACGCAAAGAACCUUCCCCCGAACCCACUGAUGUGUUAGUGACGCGUCAUUUGUCCCCAGCGCCCCCUCGGCAGCCACGCAGCGUGCCCAACCUUCUGUCGGUUCUCCAGCAGCCCAGUACUAGUAGCAGCCCAUCCAAGAAACCCCCGUCGUCGUCGCGGAAACCGAAACCCCCGAGCAGCGUACCGCGCCUACCGCCGCUGACACUGCCUUCCCCUGCCAUGGUCGCGCAGCACACCCCCUGCACGCUUCAUAUAUCGAUCCUGCCUCCUGAGCUCGCCUGUAAGCUUUUCUACACAAUGGUCGAUCUGGCGAGAGGAGGGUGGAAGCGCAAUAAGUGGUGGCUCUUUGAGCGUAUGGUGGAGAGUCCACAUCGGACGGCGUUCUUUGUGCGGAAAGAUCUUGGUUCGAACCAAGACGAUAAGGGGAAAGGGAGGGAAAGGGCUGAGUGGACCGAAGCUGCGCAGUACUGGUAUAAUGGCACACCUACUGACAUACCUCCUGCCUUUCCGCCAGAAAUGGAGGAAGCUUGUCACAUCAUUGAGCGCGCGGUGAACGCUGAAAUGCGGAAACGAACACGCUUCGAUAUGGAAUGGAGACCGCCGUCCGACACACCCGAACCUCUGUGGCAAGCCAACGUCGCUGCGUCGAACUGCUACGAAGGCGGAAAGGAAACUGUCGGAUGGCAUUCAGACCAGCUGACAUACCUCGGGCCCUAUCCAACCAUCGCUUCGUUAAGUUUGGGAACCCGGCGAACAUUCAGUCUGCGGGACGUCGUCCCAGCAGAAGAGCAAGAGAAACGUCAUGCGCGGACGUAUAAUAUCCCAUUGCCACAUAAUUCUUUGGUUAUCAUGCACGCUACGACGCAAGAGCGGUUCAAGCACUCGAUCCCGCCCCAAAGCGCCGUGGACAUCUACAAACCUAUACUCCCUAGGUCGGCGUUCAGCAUCUCAUCAGUGAAGUCUGAGGAAGACGACAAGAUCGAGCCAAGCAACAUCCGUAUCAACAUCACCUUCCGCUUCUACCGCCCCGAUUUCCGCCCGCAGAGCACACCGCGAUGUAAGUGUGGAAUCCCGAUGAUUUUGAGGCCUGAUAUGAAAAAUACGACGGUGGCGCGCGAGAAGAGUUCGCGGAAACCCGCUUCGUUAACCGGGACUCGCAAGGCGCGGUCUGGUGGUACUGGACGGGAAGUAGAUGGGCGGGGAGGUGGAAGUGAAGAAGAAGAUGGGGGAAUAAAUGGGGAUGGGGAUGAGGAACCGGAGAUGAAGUACUGGUGGACGUGCUACGCAUACGCGCAGAACGAAGGGAAGGGAUGCGGGCUUUGGAAGGUGAUGGACAUGCACGCUGAAGGACGAGGGUGGAAAGAAAGAAAGAAAGGACCUGAAAGCCUUGAAUGA